GAACGCUGUCACUCUGCAACAACACACUACAAGUCAAGAUGAGCGAACCGAAAGAGAUGGUCAUUAUCCUUACUGGAGCCUCGCGAGGCAUCGGCCUCACAAUAGCCCACUACCUCCUCUCCCAGCCCGCGCAGCACAAACUCGUCCUCACCUCGCGCACCGCCUCCGCCCUCAACGAGCUGCAAAACAAAUACGGCAAAGACCGCGUCGAAAUCGUGACCGGCGACGCCGCUGAGCCCCGACUAGCAAAGGACCUCGUCUCGGUUGCAAACGAGCGCUUCGGCCGCCUCGACUCCCUAAUCAUCAACCAUGGCGCGCUCGACCCCGUCAAGAAGGUCGCCGACUCGACACCCGAGGAGUGGAGAAAAGCGUAUGACGUAAAUGUGUUCAGCGCGGUCGGCAUGGUACAAGCCGCGCUCCCCUCGCUCAGGAAGACAAAGGGAAGAAUCGUGAUCACGAGCAGUGGUGCAGCGACUGGCGCAUACCAAGGCUGGGGCGCCUACGGAUCAGGCAAAGCCGUUCUGAACCACCUCGCGCUCACACUAAGCGUCGAGGAGCCCGCUGUUACGACGGUCAGUAUUAGGCCGGGAGUCGUGGAUACGGAGAUGCAGCGCGCGAUCAGGGAGGAGCAUAACAAGACGAUGAGUGCGACGGACCAGGAGAAGUUUCAUGGGCUGCAUAAGGAGGGCAAGUUGGUACGGCCGGAGCAGCCGGGUGGUGUUAUUGCGAAUUUGGCGGUUAGGGGGGAGAGGGAGUUGAGUGGGCGGUUUUUGAGUUGGGAUGAUGCGAGUUUGAAGGGGUACCGGACGGACCUGUAG